GUGUUGUCCGCGUUGUGCGUGCUGCUUGUGGUGCAUGUUUUUGCCGGGCACGUGUUCUUUGUAUUUAUUUUAUAUUAACACGAAUUGUUUUUAUCGGACAUUAUGGGUAAAGUGAAAAAAGAACCUGUAGAACAAGAAGAAGCCGCAGGGGAUGUUACCAUUAAAACGGAACCACAGAGUUAUGACGAUAAAGUCGACCACUGCAGUGUUAUAGCCCAACCGAUGGCACCCAAGAAACUUAGUAAAAAGAUCUACAAACUCAUCAAAAAGUCUAGCAGUCAUAAAAAUUAUAUAAGAAAUGGUCUUAAAAUUGUUCAGAAGCAACUCCGACUUGGUGAGAAAGGCAUCGUUGUGUUUGCUGGGGACAUAUCACCAAUUGAAAUAAUGUGCCACCUACCAGCAGUCUGUGAGGAGAAAGACGUACCGUAUUGCUACACACCAAGUCGUAAGGACAUCGGAGCAGCCAUGGGUACGAUGAGAGGAUGUAUUAUGGUGCUCGUUAAAGAACAUGAUGAUUAUAAAGAUUUGUAUGAUGAAGUUAGAAGCGAGAUAAAAUUACUCGGGCAUCCACUAUAGAUUUUGAGUAUUUAGAGUAAUCAUAAUUUUUGGUUGGUAUUGACUGUCAAAACAUACAUUUAUGUAUAUACUAGGUUCACUUUUUACAACGUAAACCUGUAUUUUUAUUAUACUCUGAAAGUAAUAUAGGACAGUUUUGAGGUGGGCAAUAAACCUAAAAAUAAUUCCAGAAUACAUUUCUAAAAAUGUUAUUGUCUGUGUAAAAUGAUAAAGAUGUUGUAUUUGACCAAUGUAUUAAAAGUCCCUUAUUGUCAUGAAAAUUUAUCAAGUAAAUAUAUUUAUAUAUGAAAACCUAGUUAUUACUAAAACAAUAAUCUCGAGGCCUGUAUUGCAUAUAGCAAAACUUUAAAACUCUGACAAAAGAUUGAAAAUUUUUAAUUUGCCAAUAACAUGCAUUUAUUUUUGUAUAAAUUUCAUAAUAUACCAAUUUUAAAAAAUAUAAGAAGAGUCAUUUAUAGAUGGGAAGACUACCAGUAAACCUAUCUAUUGAAGGUCUUUAUAAUAGUUUUAUUUCCUGUAAGACAUGUUAAUAAAUAAGUACUUAUAGUUUAAGAUUCA